GGCUGGGGGGGACUGAGGUGGUGAAACCCAGGUGUGGUCCAGGUGUGUGUUUCCGUGAUGUACGGUGCAUAGAGACGGCCGACGGCGUGGAGUGCGGGCCGUGUCCGGACGGAUACACCGGGGACGGAUUCAACUGUGAUGAUGUGGACGAGUGCCAGUUUAACCCCUGCUUCCCUGGAGUGAAGUGUGUGAACACCGCCCCGGGGUUCAGAUGUGACGCGUGUCCUCUGGGAUACUCCGGCCUGGCGACAGAGGGUGUGGGCAUCAUAUAUGCACAGACCAACAAACAGGUCUGUGACGACAUUGACGAAUGCAAAGCAACGAACAACGGAGGCUGCGCCGCAAACUCAGUCUGUCAAAACUCUGUGGGCUCGUAUAGCUGCGGCAGCUGCAAGACGGGUUUCUCCGGAGACCAGGUGAAGGGCUGCAAGCCGGAGGUCAGCUGUGGGAACAGCCUCACAAACCCCUGUGAUCUGAACGCUCUGUGCACCAUGGAGAGGGACGGCACGGCCACCUGUGAGAUCUCCUUGUACGCUCUUCUCGCUGUGUACAACCUACACUUCUCUUACCUCUUCUCCCCCCCCCCCCCCCCGCGCUCGUGGCCUCAGCUACAACUACAUGUUCUCUGUACCUCUUCCGCCUCUGUGUACGAACUACAUGUUCUCUGUUACCUCUUCUCCCGCUGUGGUACAACUGACAUCGUUCUCUGGUUACUCGUCCUACGCGCUGUGCAGCUCAACGUCACAUCUCCUUGUACUUCUUUCACCUGUGCUACAACUACAUCUUUCCUCUGCCCCCUCCUGUUAUCUCUCUCUCUUCAUCAGGCGGUGAAGUCUCGCUCGGGCCCUGGAGAGCACCUGAGGAACUCUCUGUGGCACACCGGAGACACCAACGAUCAGGUGCGUCUGCUGUGGAAAGACCCCAGGAACGUGGGCUGGAAGGACAAGGUGUCGUACAGAUGGUACCUGCAGCACCGCCCGCAGGUCGGAUACAUCAGGGCGCGGUUUUAUGAAGGAACCCAGCUGGUGGCGGACUCUGGAGUAACGAUCGACACGACCAUGAGAGGAGGACGACUCGGAGUGUUCUGUUUCUCUCAGGAAAAUAUCAUCUGGUCCAAUCUGAAAUACCGCUGCAAUGACACAAUCCCCGAGGAUUUCCAGGAGUUCAGCACUCAGCACGGCGGAGACGCGCAAUGAAGACACAACAGUCUCCAGAUCUCUAAAGACUGCUUCUCAGUGUGAAUGUGAGAGAGGGUUUGAGUGUGUGUGUGUUUGUAGAUGUGUGUGUGAGAGUGUUGAUGUGUAAAGUUCAGUGCAUACAUGACCAAACUCUUUGAGCAUAUUAACUUCUUUUUUAUCGACUGUUUAAUCAUCUCUUACUCCAGCUGAGCUUGAUAUGCUGAACAUUGUAAGUUAUAAUGGUGUUUAAUGAACAUAAUGCAGCAUAUCACAUGGAUAUAUUUUCAAAAUAAAAGGUUACUUCUUUAUAAAAACAGUAUUUUCUCACACAGAUGUGUUUAGCUUAAUUUUGGGAGCAUUAUAAACUUGUUCAAACAGCUGGAAAGAAACGUUUUUUAACAUUUUGAUUGCAAACAGGUUGUUUUUGUUUUGUACAAUUCAAAUUACAGACUGUUCCUUGUCUCACUUCCUGUAGAAGAUAAACCUAAAGCUCAUGUUUUCUCUUUCCAACAUCAUUUCAUGUCUAUGUUCUCAUGAACCUGGUCAAAAUAAAGUGAUUUAAAGAGUC